AUGAGGAACAUCUUCAAGAGGAACCAGGAGCCCAUUGUGGCUCCUGCCACCACCACUGCCACGAUGCCAGUCGGGCCUGUGGACAACUCCACCGAGAGUGGGGGCGCGGGGGAGAGCCAGGAGGACAUGUUUGCCAAGCUGAAGGAGAAGUUCUUCAACGAGAUCAACAAGAUCCCCCUCCCGCCCUGGGCACUGAUCGCCAUCGCUGUGGUCGCCGGCCUCCUGCUCCUCACCUGCUGCUUCUGCAUCUGCAAGAAGUGCUGCUGCAAGAAGAAGAAGAACAAGAAGGAGAAGGGCAAAGGCAUGAAGAAUGCCAUGAACAUGAAGGACAUGAAGGGCGGCCAGGACGACGACGACGCGGAGACAGGCCUGACCGAGGGAGAAGGUGAAGGCGAGGAGGAGAAAGAGCCGGAGAACCUGGGCAAGCUGCAGUUUUCCCUGGACUAUGAUUUCCAGGCCAACCAGCUCACGGUGGGCGUUCUGCAGGCUGCCGACCUGCCGGCCCUGGACAUGGGGGGCACUUCAGACCCUUAUGUCAAAGUCUUCCUCCUUCCCGACAAGAAGAAGAAAUACGAGACCAAAGUCCACCGGAAGACACUGAACCCCGCCUUCAAUGAAACCUUCACCUUCAAGGUGCCGUACCAGGAGCUGGGGGGCAAAACUCUGGUGAUGGCCAUCUACGACUUCGACCGUUUCUCCAAACACGACAUCAUUGGGGAGGUCAAGGUGCCCAUGAACACUGUGGACCUCGGCCAGCCCAUCGAGGAGUGGAGGGACCUGCAAGGUGGCGAGAAGGAGGAGCCAGAGAAGCUGGGCGACAUCUGCACCUCCCUGCGCUACGUGCCCACGGCCGGGAAGCUCACUGUCUGCAUCCUGGAGGCCAAGAACCUCAAGAAGAUGGACGUGGGUGGCCUUUCAGACCCCUACGUGAAGAUCCACCUGAUGCAGAACGGCAAGAGGCUCAAGAAGAAGAAGACGACGGUGAAGAAGAAGACCCUGAACCCGUACUUCAACGAGUCCUUCAGCUUCGAGAUCCCCUUCGAGCAGAUUCAGAAGGUCCAGGUGGUGGUCACCGUGCUGGACUACGACAAGCUGGGCAAGAAUGAAGCCAUAGGCAAGAUCUUCGUGGGCAGCAACGCCACGGGCACGGAGCUGCGGCACUGGUCCGACAUGCUGGCUAACCCCCGCAGGCCCAUCGCCCAGUGGCACUCGCUCAAGCCCGAGGAGGAGGUGGACGCGCUUCUGGGCAAGAACAAGUAG